GCAGGGGGUGUGCAGCCUUAGUCAAAUUGCUCAAAUAAAGGACUGAAUCAUAUUAUGAGAAGACUACCGGGUAGACUGCGGUGUGUACCCAGGAGAGGUUAGCAGCCAGCGGACUGUUUUGCGGUAGCACCGGAGCCGGAUCCCAGGGCCCCAAAUUAAUUGGAUUUCAUUCACUCGGGGAGAGAAGAAAGCCGUCUGGACUGGGGCGAUUAAGGCACUUCAUUCAGAGAUCCAUUGACUGGGAGAGCCGAUCCUGAGCGGCGGUCCGGGGUGCUCUCGAGCCUAAGCUUCAGGGAACCCAGGGGUUUCCUUUGCCCUUCCUCCCCAGUCUCUCAAGCCUGCACUUGGAGGUUGCAGGUCUGUUGUUGCAUUCUCCAAAUUCCCUGCUCCGGUGCUCUUAGAGGCUGCCGCUUUUUGGGGGGAGCCCUGGGUGGGGGAGCCGCCUUCUAGCAUAUGUCUGCAGCGGGAAGCAUCUGGUAGGCACCCCUCCCCGGCCCUCCGCUUAUCCUCAUGAUAGAUACGUUCAGACCCGUGUCUUUCGUGUCGGAAAUGGCGAUUAGUAAGACGGUGGCGUGGCUGAACGAGCAGCUGGAGCUGGGCAGCGACCGGCUGCUGCUGCUGGACUGCCGGCCGCAGGAGUUGUACGAGUCGUCCCACAUCGAGUCGGCCAUCAACGUGGCCAUCCCGGGCAUCAUGCUGAGGCGGCUGCAGAAGGGCAACCUGCCGGUGCGUUCGCUCUUCUCCCGCGGAGAGGAUCGCGACCGCUUCACGCGGCGCUGCGGGACCGACACGGUGGUCCUCUACGACGAGAAUAGCAGCGAGUGGAACGAGAACACGGGCGGAGAGUCGGUGCUGGGGCUUCUGCUCACGAGGCUCAAGGACGAAGGCUGCAGGGCAUUUUACUUGGAAGGUGGGUUCAGUAAGUUUCAAGCCGAGUUCGCUCUGCAUUGUGAGACCAAUUUAGACGGCUCUGGUAGCAGCAGCAGCUCCCCUCCCCUGCCAGUCCUAGGGCUGGGAGGCCUCCGGAUCAGCUCGGAUUCCUCGUCGGACAUUGAAUCUGACAUUGACCGAGACCCCAACAGUGCCACUGACUCCGAUGGCAGCCCUUUGUCCAACAGCCAGCCUUCCUUCCCUGUGGAGAUCCUUCCCUUUCUCUACCUGGGCUGUGCUAAGGAUUCCACCAACCUGGACGUUUUAGAAGAGUUUGGCAUCAAAUACAUCUUGAAUGUAACCCCUAACCUGCCUAAUCUCUUCGAGAAUGCCGGAGAGUUUAAGUAUAAACAGAUUCCAAUCUCAGAUCACUGGAGCCAAAACUUGUCUCAGUUUUUCCCGGAGGCCAUUUCUUUUAUAGAUGAAGCCCGAGGCAAGAACUGCGGCGUGCUGGUGCACUGCUUGGCCGGAAUCAGCCGCUCGGUCACGGUGACUGUGGCUUACCUCAUGCAGAAGCUUAACCUGUCCAUGAAUGACGCCUACGACAUCGUCAAGAUGAAGAAAUCCAAUAUCUCCCCCAACUUCAACUUCAUGGGCCAGCUGUUGGACUUCGAGAGGACUCUGGGGCUGAGCAGCCCCUGUGACAAUCGAGUGCCGGCCCAGCAGCUUUAUUUCACCACCCCGGCCAAUCAGAACGUGUUUCAGGUGGAUUCUCUGCAGUCCACGUGAAACGGAGCCCCCUUCUCUCCCUGGCUGGGGGAGGGGUCCCUAGGCGCGGCUAGGGCCAGUUUUCUUUGUUUGUGGCCCGAGGUGUCAAAGUGAUACAAGCUAUCGGGUUUGGGAGACAAGGUUACCAUGGUGGGAAUUGGUUAUUGCAAAAAGGGAGAAAAUUGUUCUCCUCUCUGUGGAGGAACCUGAGACGCUGUGUACAUAGCUCCUGGCAGCCUUCCGGCCCCUGUGUCUAUGCGGGCCCAGGCAGGAGACUUUGGGACUCCCAGCACCGCCGCAUAGGGUAGGACUAAAGGGUAGGAACCCCCAUUUUCUGUAAGGAUUGGCUGGAUGUUUGCCGCCUUUUGCAUUUGGAAUUCUACUACAGUCAUUGUCUUCAGUGAAGACUGGUUCAUUUUUGAACUUAGAGGAGCCAAAGAGAGGUUUCAGCUCUGAACCUGUUUGCGAAGAAUUCUUGAGUUUUGAUUGAUGUAAAUAUCUCACCUUGAAAUCAAGUGGAGGAGGAUGCUGAUGCUGGUUGUUCUUGUGAGGUUUUCUGGUUUUGUUUCCCCCCCUCCCCUUUGAUCAGCUUAAAAGAGAUCAUCCAGAGGGAGGGAAGAAUCCCAAGUGUGUCACUCCAUUACAGAUUCAUUUUCUUCUUUUCUUUUUCCAAUCCAAAGGGUACAUUUUGCAGCAUGCUUAAAAAACAGUUGAUGUUUCCGCUCUGGCAAAUUCCCGGGCUGAAAUUCCAAGACAGAAUGUUGUUGCUCCUCACUGUUUUGUGACUGGUGCAAUCCAUUCUUUAUCUUCUGACAUAUAUAUUUUUUCCUUGUGAUUCCCCCCCCCCAACACACACACACACACUGUUGAUGUGAUUAUGCCUUACCUUUUGUAAAUAUAUUGGCCUGUGUUCUCUCAUGGAGGGGUUUUUCUUCUAAAAAACACACAAGGAAAAUCUGUGUUCGCUUUGGAUUUGAUUUGAUUUUUUAACUUUACGCUGUGUUCAACAUACCUCUGUACAAAAUUUCUUCAGGGAGAGUCACUUCAAAAUGCAAUAUUUUGGGUUUUUUUUCUUUUUUGUAAAAAAAUAAAAAUAAAAAAUAAAAAAAAACUGGAAGUGUAUGUGAGCAUGGGUACCCCUGUGUCUGAGAGGUGAGUGGCACACGUCUGUUUGCCAAGAGGGGAGAGUCAUUUUUGCUCGAUUAUGUUCAUGUUGUAAAAUUUUAAGCUGGAAUUUUAUGAGAAUGUUACCUUAAGUUAUUAAUAAAUAACUAUUUUGGUUAUUGA